AAAUGAUAAUGGCAAAUAAAAAUAGUGUGAAGUCUUUAAAGAAAAACAAAAGGCAAGUAGACGACACAUAUAAUAAUGAAUCAUUAAAUGAUUAUAAAAUUUCUUCAGUAGUAGAAGAAAAAAAAGAAAAAAAAACAAUUCUAACAAAAAUAACACAGAAUGCAGAGAAUGCUCAUGCUGAUAGGAAAGUUAAUAAAAAGUUAUCAGCUAAUAAUAAGAUUUCUCCAAUAACAGAAAAAAAGAAACCAAAAGAAAAAAAAGCAAUUGCAAAAAUAUUAACACAGGAUUAUUCUGCUAAUAAGAGAGUUAAUAAAAAGUUAUCAAAUAAAAAUAAAAUUUUUAAUUUUGAAACUAAUCAGACAGACAUAGAUUCAAGAAAAGAUUGCACUGAUGAUGAAGAAAUAAAUAAAAGUCAUGAUUUAAGUAAAACUCCAAGAAAAAAUAACAUAGAAAAUUUAGAAAACAUAGAGAAUUUAGAAAACAUAGAGAAUAUUAAAACAGAAGAUAUACAUUUACUUGAGACUCCAAAAAAAAGUGAUAUAUCAAAAGAUUUAGAAAGCACAAACAUUAAACUAGAAAGCACAAACAUUAAAAUAGAAAAUGCAGAUACUCCAAUAAAAUCGACUAUUAAAUUGGGUAUUGAUUCAGUAGAAUGGCAUACACAAACUGAAAUAUCAUCAGUAUCUAAACAAAAGAGGAGACAUCUAUAUGAUGAAAGUACACCCAAAAAAAGAAUAAAAAGAAAUCUUAAUAGUGAUAUUAGUAAUUGUGAUCAAUUAUUUGAUAUUGAAAAAAAAGAAUUAUGCGAUAACGAAUUAGAUGAUUUUGAACAUAUUGAAAUGAUACAUGAUCCCAAUUCUUUGAUAAACUUUGAAGAAAGUACAAUUUUUUGUUCAGCAAAUGAAGUCAUGCCAGAUGAUCAGAAUAUAGAAAUAUCUAGAGACUCAAAGUCUGAUCCGCUUUACAUUACUGAUAAUGAUAAUAUUAGUAUAGCUCAUGAAAAUAUAGAAAAUGAAGAAACAAAUACAGGAAAUAAGAUUAAAAGAAAAAGAAAACAUAAAUCUAGUAAUACUGAUGUAGAUUCUGAUGUAGAUUACGAGUUUUCUGAACAUGAUUCAGAAGAUUUGGAUUUUAAUAUACCAUUAGAAGAUGAAAAUGAAUUAACUGAAGAAGCAACAAAAAGAUUAUAUAAUUUGAAAGUAAAAUUAAUACAUAAAGUACCAGUACAACAUAAAAUUGAACAUACAACAGGCUCAAAAAUAUUAACAAAAAAAGAGAAAGAGCUAUUCUUAAAACAUUCAUCACUAAAAAGUGGUGUAUUUACACCCAGUGAAGAUAAAAUUAUUAUAGAUAAUUGGAAAAAAUUUUGUAAAGUUCACAAUUGGAAUUCUAAAUGUGUACAUCCAUUCAUUCAAAUGAAAUAUACUGGUAAAUUUUAUAUAAGAAGCAUGGAAGAAAGACAAAAAUUCACUCAAUUUUUAGCAAAUGGAUUACCACGAAGGACAUUGUAUAGUGUUUUAAAUAGAUUCAAGUACUUAUUUGGAAACCAUGAAAAAAGUUUUCAAAGAUAUACAUCUGCUGAAGAUGAGACAAUUUUAUCUUACUUGAACAAUAAACAAAAUAGGAAAAGAUUACGUAGAUUUUCAGAAUUAAGUAAAAUAUUAGGACGCUCAAGUCAUUCAAUUUGGACACGUUAUCAACGGCUUGAACGGAUGCAUAAAAAAAAUAAAGAACAAUUGCCUAAAAUUACAUGGUCAUUAUUUUUAAUUGAAAAAUUUAUAAAAACUUUUAUGAGUGUAACACUAUGUGAUAAUAUAGAAGAUUUAAAAGAUGCUGUUAUUCCAAAAGUGGUUUGGCAAAGAUUAGAAAAAAAAAUAGGUAUAAACCAUGAUAUAUUGAGGAAAUUCUGGAUAUAUAAAUUGCAUAUGCAAUUAUUUUGUCCAGAACGAAUCUCGAAUAAUCGAGAAAUAAUUUGGUCAAAAGUUGCAAAAUAUUUUGAUGGAAUUACUACUGCCUUUUUAUGUAGAACAUUUUCUAAUCUCGUUCAAGAAGCAAGUCAAAAAAUAAAUACAAAAGAAUUUCUUGAAAUCAUGGAAUAUUUAUAUAAUGAAAAGAUACAAACUAUAAAGGAUGAAGUAACUGAUAAAUUUCUUCCUAGACUCUGUUAUAACGGAAAAGUUAAAAUUGUAGCUGAAGACUUGAACGAAGAUACCAAUACGGAA